UUUUUUUGUGAUAGCAAAACUGCUAUACACAUUGCCUACUAGUCAUGUGUUUCAUGAACUUACUAAGCAUAUCAAAAAUUAUUGUCAUGUAGUUUUUGAUGGACUCAAUUGUUCUUCUCACAAAAUGAUCAAGUCGCCAACAAGCUCUUGGUUGUUCUCAACUUUGUAUUUUAUUGUCCAAAAUGAGUGUUCAUGACCUUCACAACUAUCCAUUAUAUGAUAAUGAUAGUAUAUAGUAACACUAUUUAUUAAAAAAUGUUUAAGCAAAACCUUAUCACAUAUUGCACUGUAAACCAAUUGUGAUUAACUAAGAGAGUUUAUUGAAUUAGGUGUCCGACAAGAUUUUAUACUCUUUACAUUUGAAAAAGAUUCAUAUUAAGUAAAAAAUAGUUGUUUCAACAAAAUACAUUUUUGACAGUAAAUUGUAAACUUAAGAAAAAAUAAUUGUAUUUAUUGAAAUUUUAUUGGUUAAAAAUUGUAGAGAAUAGUUGAUUACAAAUAAAAACCUAUCGGUAAUCAAAAUUUAAUAUUUUUUUAAUAUGUGCGAAAAUUCUAAGACUAUAACGGGAUUAUCAAUUUUUAGAAUGUAAUAAUGUCGAAUGCUAUAUUCCUUUCAUUCAAUAAUUUUAAUACCAUUUGGAAUGAAUAAAAUAGAAUGCUCAUUAAUUUGAUAACAAAAAAUAGAAUGAUCAUUCCAUUAAUUCCCCAAAAAUAAAGAAUGUUCAAAAACUAAUAAUUUCAUUAUAAUAUUGAUCAUGAAUAAAUGGAAUGAAAUGUAUUCCAUUUUUCUCCUUACUCGAUUCCUUUUAUUUCAUUUUUUUGUUUCACUAAUUCCAUUUUAUAGUUACUAGUUAUACCUUAAAAUAUACAUAUUUUUAAAUGGAGUGACUCUUUUCAAAUCACUUUACUAAUUUAAUAUUUGUACAAAUUAUUUCAAAUAUUAGUUUAUUAGAUUAAUUAUUUGUAAUAAUUCCUCAAAUUGGAUAAAAUAUUUGUAUACAUCCCACAUCCCUUAAAAUUUCAGCUUACUGAAAAUUAUAGAUUUCAUCAGUAAUAUCUAUUAGAUAGGUUUUGGAAAGAUUUAAGAGAUCAUUUAUAAUUAAAUGUUAGUUUUAAAAGAUAACUUUUUAUUCUUUUUAGUAUCUUAACCAAAAUUUGAAAUGAAAAAAAAAAUUAGAAUCAAAAUUCUUAACAAAAAAAAAGAAACUGAAACUUUUUCAAUAUCAUUUUCCCAUUUCAGUGCCAAACAAAAUAUGAAAAUAAUAACAAGUAUAUAUACUAUUUUUACUUUUGCAACAAAAUGAAAAUCGAACUUAGGAUGUGACUCAAAAUGGAAACUCUAUAGCUAUGUGGAUAACAUAUGUAGGUUGGACUCUUGCACUUCUUCCGAGCUUCUCUGCUACUGUGUCUGUCUUCCGGAGGAUUCUUGAAAUCUUGAAAACAUUGAUUUUUUUUAUUUCUUUUUUGCAUAUUGGGCAAUUUUCAAAACAGAUAAUUCAUAUUGGUGUUAGUACAUAUAGGUGUAUAGAGACGCUGUUGGGAACACAUCUGGGUUAAAUGGAUUAAUCUCCGAAAAGUAUUAUAUAUCAUUUUAAAUAAUUUUUAAAAUUUCUUAAAAAAAUCUCAAAUAUUUCAUAAUCUCCACCAAAAUCUUCAAAAUCCUAAAUUCCCACCAAAAUUCUAAAAAUCCAUUUAAUUUCUAUAAAAUAAAACCAAUCAUGAAAAAAAAAAGAAAAUGUUUUUAAUCAUGUUUUCUAGAAAUGAAAUAGUCAUGGAGUAGAUAAAAAACAACAUCGUAGAUAGUUUAUUCUAUUUACAAAAAAAUCAUCAUAGAAGUUUCCAUUUUUGUUAAUCACGGAUAUUUCGAGUUUUCCACGAAAAAAAAAGAGAGAAUAUAAACCAAUAGAAUAAUUGCCAGAGAAGAAGGGGGAAAGAGGAAGCAAGAGAAAAGUGGCGUGUUCUUCUCUCCAAUAUUCUGCCGCCAUUUCUUCUUCUUUUCCUCAAUCUCACUCUUCUAUUUAUACAUACACAGAGCCACAUACAUAGAUUCAUAGCUCAAUCUCAGCCUCCAUUGCUCAAUCCCACGACCUAGUCGGAUCAGAGACUUUGAAUGGUGACGAAGGGAAUGCGUGUCGGGAAAUACGAGCUUGGGAGGACUCUUGGGGAAGGCAACUCUGCAAAAGUUAAACUCGCUACAGAUACUGUUUCAGGCCAAUCCUUCGCCGUCAAAAUCAUCGACAAGUCUAGUAUCAAACGACUUAACGUCUCUUUUCAGAUAAAGAGAGAGAUCCGUACACUGAAAGUGUUAAAGCACCCAAACAUCGUCAGAUUACAUGAGGUCCUGGCAAGCAAAACCAAGAUCUACAUGGUCCUUGAAUGUGUCACUGGUGGAGACUUAUUUGACAGAAUUGUCUCCAAAGGGAAGCUUUCCGAAACAGAAGGACGAACACUGUUUCAGCAGUUGAUUGAUGGAGUCAGUUAUUGUCAUAACAAGGGAGUUUUCCACAGAGAUCUCAAGCUAGAGAAUGUUCUUCUUGAUGCAAAAGGGCACAUUAAGAUCACCGAUUUUGGCAUUUGUGCUCUACCUCAGCAUUUUAGGGAAGAUGGGUUGCUACAUACAACCUGUGGAAGUCCAAACUAUGUCGCACCUGAGGUCCUAGCCAACAAGGGCUAUGAUGGUGCAGCAUCAGAUAUAUGGUCCUGUGGAGUCAUCUUGUAUGUUAUCCUUACGGGAUGUCUCCCUUUUGAUGAUGCAAACCUCGCGGUUCUUUUCCGUAAUAUAUUCAAAGGGGACCCUCCAAUACCUAGAUGGCUAUCACCGGGUGCUAAAACCAUGAUCAAGAGAAUGCUUGAUCCAAAUCCAAUUACGAGGAUAACAAUCGCAGGUAUUAAGGCCAAUGAUUGGUUCAAUCAUGACUACACUCCUUCCAGUAGCGACGAUGAAAAUGAUGCAUGUUCAUUCCAAGAAGAUGUAUCUGAAGAAGAGAAGAGCCCUGAUUUUCCAACCGUCAUCAACGCCUUUGAGUUGAUCGGAAUGUCAUCAUUUCUCGACCUCUCCGGUUUGUUUGAGACAGAGAAAGUAUCAGACAGGCAGAUAAGAUUCACAUCAAAUAGGUUAGCCAUAGAUGUGCUGGAGAAAAUCAAAACAACCCUUAUGGAGAUGGGUUUCUUCGUACAGAGGAAACACACAAUGUUAAAAGCAAUCCAACAAGAGAGUAAUGGGAAAGGGCAAAGCGGGUUAUCAUUAACGGCGGAAGUUUUCGGGAUAGUCCCUUUGCUUAAUGUGGUCGAACUAAGAAAGACACAUGGUGAUUCAUUAUUAUAUAAACAGUUGUGCGACAGAUUAUCAAACGAACUAAGCAUAUCAUCUCAUGUUCAAAAGCUUUAAAAGGUAGCCAGGAGCAGGAAACAAAUGUGAAACUAUUCCAAAUUUGGAUCCGGAUUGUUAGAGGAUUUAUGUAUAUAAAUUAUAUGUUAUCUUGUAUAAAAUUGGUACAUUAGCCAAAGCCAUAAAAUAUAUUCUUUUGUAAACAUUACAUUGUCCCGGCCCGAAUCUGUUCAUUAACAAGUAAUAGAUUGCAUCCGAUGUUUGAUUACUGACUAGACCUAAAGUCACUGGAUUAUGGUUUGAUUGGCCAUUAAUUGAUCUACAAUGAAGAUGUUGAUGUUCAUAGAAUGAGGAAGGAGAGGAGGCGUUUUCAAGAGUAAACAAGCUCUUACUACCACUACCUGAUUUUACACUGCCAUUUGUGAUACAAACAUAUGCAUCAUGAAAAGGCAUAGGUAUUGCGUCAAACAAUUUUACACUAAUUUUUUUUUUUUGUGAUAGCAAAGCUGCUUAUACACAUUGCCUAUUAGUCAUGUGUUCCAUGAGCUUACUAAGCAUAUCAAAAAUUAUUGUCAUGUAGUUCUUGAUGGACUCAUUGUUUUUCUCACAUAAUGAUCAAGUCGCCAAGAUCUUGUUCUCAAUUUUAUAUUUUGUUGUCCAAAAGGAGUGUUCAUAACCUUCACAAAUAUCCAUUAUAUGAUCAUGAUCGUAUCUAUUUUAUUAACUCAUAAAAAUUAUAAGGAAUUAAAAUUUGUGUGCCGUGUUAUUUAUAGUUUAUGCUAUUGAAAAUUUUAAUUUUAUUGAUAUUUAUUAAAUUUAAUAUUAUAAAAUCGUUUUUAAUUAAUUAAUUAACAUUUAACUAACUAUUAAUACUCUAUGUUCUUCUAAAUAUUAAAAGUAAUUCAUAGAAAACUACAAUAUAAAUAUAAAUUAGAUUAUAUCAUUUUAAACGAAAAACAAAAUAUAUUUUUAUUAGGCAUAUAUUUUGCAAGUAUAAUCUAAUAUUAAACCAAAACUAACAUUCACCUCAAAAAAAUAUAAUGAGUUAAAAUUUUAAAUAAGUACUAUCUUAUAUACAACUUUGUAUUUACCAUAAUUAAAAAUAAUAAAUUUAUAUAAUAUUAUCAUCUAAACAACCAGAUGUUAAUAUUUCUCCAAUGUUCAUUUUCACAAAUAUAUUUUUAGUUUUAUAAAAAAAUAGAAAACAUUUAAAAUAAACUAAAAAUAUUGCAUCUCUAAAAUAAGUUAAAUUUAGUAAGCUAUAAUACUUCUAUAUUUAAAAUACAAUGUCAACACAUUUUAAAUUAUUAAUAUAAACAAAUAACAAACUAAUCUGAAAAUAUCGAAAAUAUUAAAAUCAAAUAUAUAUGGUCUAUUUAAAAUUUUAUAUAAAAAAGAAUCACGCUUUUUUAGUGACCUAAUCACCCUAUAUACAUCCUAAUCGCACUAUAUGACAACAUAUACGGUGCAAAUUGGUACAUUAAAAAUGUGUUCACAUUUGUAGAAUAAUAACAGGUAGAAUAUGACAACAUAUAGGGUGCAAAUUGGUACAUUCUUUCAAUUUUGAUUAAUUUUAAUUGGGGAUUUAUGUUAUUAAACUAAUUAACGUACCUUAAUAUAGAACAAAAACAUCGUUGGGAAUGAAGCGUCAUAACAUAAAAAAAAAAAAAA